CUCUUUCUUCUCCCUCCUGCUAUCUAUCUAUAGCUACCUCAUCAUCAUUAUUCUAGUGCUCCCGUCGAUCACCAUUGCCAGAUUUAGUAACCCUUGUAUAUCCAUCAUGAGGUUGACCCCACCUCCCUAGUUACUCCUACAAGUUACUCCUUCACCUAGUACCAUGAUCCCAUCAGCCAUAAAUUCUUCUCCCCUUCCUUCGGACAAGCCGUACAGGGCAGAAUCAUCAUCUUUUUUUUACCUCGGCAGCCAGCUGCUUACCUCACACCACCAUCAUCUUCUUCUACCAGCCUCUAGCUACAUUUAAUCGGUCGAGGUAGGCUAGCCUUCUCCUCCAUUCUCCUAUAAAGCCAUCCCUUAUGUGACCACUCAUGGGCUCUCUCUCCCUCUCUCUCUCUCUCUCGUGUAGGUAGCUCAUAGGGACACACUUUGGAGAUUGGAGGCCGGAGGGGAGAGCUCAGCUCAGCUCGUCCCAUCGUCGAUCUCCGUCUAGCUACCUCUACUUACUCCAUCUAGCUCGCUUGCUUCUUGGUUGCUGGGCAUGGACAAUAUGACCCACAACUCGAGCAGCAGCAGCUCCUGGGACUUGGACAUGAGCCUCGGUAGCCAUCACCACCCUCUGCUCUUCGACCACCCGACCCCAACUCCGCCGGCGCCACCGCCACCGCCAUUAUCUUUCCACCUCCACCCUCCUCCUCCUCCACCCCCUCAUCAACACCACCAGCACCACCAGCAGCACCAGCUAGCCAUAGAUCCCUCCCCUUCUUCCUCCCUCUUCCCUCCACCUCACCACCACCCCCAUCAUCUCCACCACCUCGACUUGGCCGUCGACCCCCACCGACAUCACCAUGACUACCAACGUGAACAGCACCCGGACGAGAUGCAGCAGCGGCCGCCGCCCGCGAUGGAGGAGGGCUCGCAGCAGCUUCAUCACCAGGACGCGGUUGACGAGGCGGAGGAGGAGCUGGGUGCGAUGAAGGAGAUGAUGUACCGGAUCGCCGCCAUGCAGCCGGUGGACAUCGACCCGGCCACCAUCAAAAAGCCGCGCCGCCGCAACGUCCGCAUCAGCGAGGACCCGCAGAGCGUCGCUGCCCGUCACCGCCGCGAGCGGAUCAGCGAGCGCAUCCGCAUCCUCCAGCGCCUCGUGCCUGGGGGCACCAAGAUGGAUACGGCAUCGAUGCUCGACGAGGCCAUCAGAUACAUCAAGUUCCUCAAGCGCCAGGUCCAAGACCUCCAGCACCAGCCUGUGCCACCGCAACAGCAGCACUAUCCCGGCGGAGGCGGCAGCGGCGGCGCUGGUCCGAGCAGUACCGCCGCCGUGGCCGGGCGGCCGGCUUUCUUGCCGCUGGGCGCCGGAUCCCUGAUCGACUGGGCAGGGUUGACGAGGCAGGUGGAUAUCCACGCGCCAACGUCGUCGUCUUCCUCGUCGUCGAUGGGCGGCGCGCUAGGUUUCGGAUUCAGCACGGGCGGUCAAAGCAGCCACGGAAUGCACUGAGAAGCUAAAGAAGAGCGAGCGAGCUGUCCCCAUAUAGGCGAUGGAUGGAUUAACUAGGGAUGGAUGCAUCCAUAAGAUGACUAGAGAGAGGUAAUUUUGAUUUAAUUUCCUCCUAACGCUUCUUCUUCUUCCUCCUCUUCUUCUUCCUCUUCUUCUUCCUCCUCUCCUUGCGAGUUUGUGUACUGGAUGUUUUCUAUGAUGAAAUUAAGUACAAUUUAUCAAUAAGUUUAGCUAGGGUUUUCUCCAAUUAGCUGGUUUGCCAUGUGAUCUAUCUAGCUUCAUGGUUAAUUUUGUACUGCUUCAA